AUGGAAGAUCAGGUCUUUACCAAUGUUUAUCAAAAUGUUAACACUACCAAUAUCUAUGACAUUCAGGACUCUAAAGAAGACAAAAGGGAUAAUCUUUAUGAUCAUGCCCAUGAAGAUCCAGCAUCUCCUUCUUCAAUCACUACUCUCCCAGAGAGCAUGGAUAGUAGUCCGGACAGCUCAGAAGAUAGCUGUAGUAAUUCUGUGGCCUCUCAGCAUAGAGCUGAUGGGGAGGAUGGUUCUUCUUCACCUUACCAUGGUGCUGAAGAAGACCACCCAUACCAGGAGAUGGAUCUGAUGAGCCCAACUCUGGAAGAUAAAGACGUAGAGGGCAUGAUGUUUAAGAGGAAUGUGCAUUUUCCUGCGGAUUUCCAGUUGCGUCGGACCCGGAACACUUCUUCCAACUCUCCAACUUCCCUCAAGUUUCCUCUUAACAAUAACUUUGGAGAAACUGACAACUUUCAGGAAGAUUGUGAGAUUUUCAUGUUUGUAAAGGCAGGGAUAGAUGGAGAAAGCAUUGGGAACUGCCCGUUCUCGCAGCGUCUCUUCAUGAUCCUCUGGCUCAAAGGAGUUGUGUUCAACGUCACCACUGUUGACCUGAAAAGAAAGCCAGCUGACCUACACAAUCUGGCUCCUGGGACUCAUCCACCUUUCUUGACUUUUAAUGGAGAAGUCAAGACAGAUGUUAACAAGAUUGAGGAAUUCUUGGAAGAGACUCUCGCACCUCCAAAGUACCCCAAGUUGGCUGCCAAGCACCGGGAAUCAAACACUGCUGGAAUUGAUAUCUUUUCCAAAUUUUCUGCAUACAUCAAAAAUACCAAGCAGCAGGAUAAUGCUGCCCUUGAAAAAGGCUUGGUGAAGGCUCUGAAGAAGCUGGAUGACUAUCUGAGAACCCCUCUGCCAGAGGAGAUUGAUGCAAACAGCACUGAAGAGGAGAAAGUGUCUAAACGCAAGUUUCUGGAUGGAGAUGACCUGACCCUUGCUGACUGCAAUCUUCUGCCUAAGCUCCAUGUUGUCAAGAUUGUUGCAAAGAAAUACCGCAACUUUGAGUUCCCAACAGAGAUGACGGGGCUGUGGCGGUACCUGCAGAACGCGUAUGCCAGGGAUGAAUUCACCAACACCUGUGCAGCUGACAAAGAAAUUGAGCAAGCUUACGCAGAUGUGGCCAAGAGGCUCAACAAGUCCUAA